AGCGCAGUGCGCGUGUUGUUGCGGAUUACAAUAUGGCGAUAAGGGCUUUGCCAUCUUAGAGCGUCCGAGAAAAGCGUCCACUUGGCCACCUCUCGCCCCAACCGAAAGCUCCGAAAGACAUCCUUGGCGUUCCUCCUAUCACCGCAUUCUAAUCCCACCCGUGGCAUCGUCUCCCGGUUCCACGGCGAAGCAACCCGAUAAAUCAUGACCAGGGUCUACGUUGGCCACCUCAGCUAUCGCGUCCGGGAACGCGACUUGGAGAGGUUCUUCCGUGGUUUUGGAAAGAUCCGUGAAGUCCUGCUUAAAAAUGGAUUCGGAUUUGUGGAGUUUGAUGACUACCGCGACGCCGAUGACGCCGUGUACGAGCUGAACGGCCGAGAGUUGGAUGGCGAACGGGUGGUGGUCGAGCUGGCGCACGGAACUGCCCGCCGGCCCCCUCCGCCACGAAGCGCGUGGACCGACAAUAGCGGCACCAACAGGUAUGGGCCACCCACACGGACAGACUACCGAGUAAUCAUCGAAAACCUGAGCAGCCGCAUCAGCUGGCAGGACCUGAAGGAUCGCAUGCGGCAGGUGGGCGAUGUAACCUAUGCUGAUGCACACAGACACAGGCGCAACGAAGGUGUUGUGGAGUUCGCUUCCUACUCCGACAUGAAGCGAGCAAUUGAGAAACUGGACAACACCGAGAUCAACGGUCGGCGGAUCAGAGUCGUUGAGGAAAAGCCAAUAAGAAGCUUUUCAAGGAGCCGCAGUCGAAGCCGUAGACGUUCCAAAAGUCGCUCACCGCGGCGCAACCGUCGAUCGCGCUCCGGCUCCAGGCGCCGCAAGAGCCGUAGCCCACAAAAACGGCGCCGCUCACGCAGUGCUUCGCGUAGCCGCUCUCGCUCUGUCAAACGGCGCUCCAGGAGUGCUUCGCGCAGGCGCCGCUCCAGCGAGUCCCGCUCCAAGUCGCCCGCAACACGCCGCAAGUCUCGCAGCCGCUCCCGGUCGCCCAAGCGUCGCAGCCGUUCGGGCAGCAAGGACCGUAAGCAGCCGAGCCGCAGCCGCAGCCACUCCGCAGCCAGCAAGAGGAGCGAGGACGAGAAGGCCGCCAGCCGCAGCCGAAGUGGCUCGCCAAGCAAGAAGCGCAGCAAGCCGUCCAGCCGUAGCCGGUCGCGAUCUGCUAGUAAUGAACGGAAGUCUCGCAGCCGUAGCCGGUCCGAGGGCAAGGCAGACAAUAAGUCGUUGAGCCGAAGUCGAUCAAAGUCUCCCGGCAGUGGCAGAGGUGGCCGGAAGUCGAGGAGCGCGUCGCGUUCCAAGUCCCCCACUAACAACAAGGGGUAUUCACGAAGCCGCUCCAGGUCGCCUGUCAAGGAGCGUGAGAGCCGUUCGCGGAGUCGCAAGAAGUCGAAGGAAGAGUCACCGAAGAAGUCAAGUCGUAGUCGCAGCGGUAGCCGCGGGAAAUCCCGCUCUGCUUCACCUGGCAAGGGAGAGGAGAAUGGGAAAGUUGCCAAGAAGGACGAGAGAAAGAGCUCGUCCCGUAGCCGAUCUCGUGAUCGGUCACGGUCGAACUCUGCCGGUCCCGCAAGUGGCAAGAGUCGGUCGCAGUCCCCCAGGCGCGAGUCACGAUCACGGAGCCGCAGCGGAUCCCCGGCUAGCUGCCGCGAAAAUGGCGACUGAGCUCCAGCAUGACUCAACUCUCUUCGCAGCAGUCUUUUUUUUUUUUUUUGCCAUAGGUGGCGUCAAGCGUGUCCCAAGAAGAAAAGGUCGGUUAUGCAACGUGCGUCAAGUGCGCAUUUGCGGGGUUUGGGUCGUGCCAGCUUG